AUGUUUUACACUUUGUUUGUGGCUACAUUCAUGUACAAACUGGAGUACUCAAGGCAGAAAAUUGGCACCCAUUAUUGCGGUUUUCCACUGAACCGCUUGAAGUGUGAAGUUUCACAUACAUGUUUGCAAAAACUGAACACUGAGCGGUCGAAGGUGCAAGAGUGGAAAGAAGAAACGAAUGACAGAUGUGAUCAUGUGGUGUACUGGACUUGUCGAAUUCCAUGUGCAUGCGCCCUAAAAAAGGCUGCAGAUGCCGGCACAUCGAUUACACUUAAGCAUAUUCACCCAUUCUGGGCGACCCUUAAUAUUGGUGAACAGGCUGGUACGAGUGCUCCUAACGAUGUGGAUGACGAGGUCCUUUAUACCAGACAGUUGAUGGAAGAGCUGAACGAGUGUCCUAAGGCAGUACGACGCACGGUAAAUAGGGCUCUCCACGAUAUUAUGCAUCCAGACCAGUGUGGGUUUAAACAACCCGAGGAGGUCAAGAGAAGGAAGGGGCGGCAUAAGGGGGCUAAAUCAAAGAAAAAAGCAGAGGCCAACACUCUUGUCCAUGAACAAUCACCACAGAAAAAAGCAAUACCUAAUGUGUGGGAUUACAGGGACGAGGCUCAAGGAAAGUCGACCACAGUUACUAGCGAUUCAAGUAAGAAGCGCCCCUCGUCUUCAGGUGGUCGUACAGAUGCAUCCACAGGUACAUGUUAA